AUGAAGAAAUAUUACAUUGAAGUUAUAUGUAUUUUAUUACAACUGUUUGUGUUAAGUAAUAUAAUUCAAGUUACAAAAUCAUCAACAUUCAAUGAACUCAAAUUACAGUCUACCAUAUCUAAUAACAAAACAUGUAACACUUCAAUUGGGAGUUGUUAUUGUGAUGAGAUGUGUACAAUAAAGUCUGAUUGUUGUGAUGAUUACCAAAAUUUCAUCGAGCAGAAAGAUUUAAGAAAUAUAUCAAGUAUGCCUCGACAUGACUGUAUUCAUACAGCUCGAACAUUUGCAGACGACAGGGAUCUAGAAAAACAUGGUGGUUGGUUUAUGGCUGUUGCUCAUUGUCCAUCUGGUACAGGAAUAGAACUGGUUAAGCGUUGUACUAAAUCUAAAGAUUUAUUUAUUCAUUUCGACGAUUACACAGUGAAAGGCAAUUUAAACAGUAGUAAAAUUGCACGAAAAUUUAUUUCGCUUGAUUUGACUUACCUAACAUUUCGUAUAAGGAAAGAAGAUAUUAGGCUGAUGGCACCAGUUGUAUCUAAACUUAAUGGUCGCGUAUAUGCUAAUAUUUAUUGUGCUUACUGUCAUAAUGAGCUAAAUUCAGUUGUCACAGAUGAUGAACUAAUGGGAUCUACUUUUGAGGAACGUCUUUACAUGUUCGGUGUGUUUGUACGUUGUCGAACAUAUCAAGAUACAGAUAGACUGUGUGUUGCUAAUUCACAACUACCCCGGAGUUUGAGACGACCAUGCGAUAACAAAAAGUAUCUGAAACCUAAAAGUACACAAGAAGUGUUCAGUCUAAGUGAUUUCAAAUGGCAUGAGUUCCUAGUUAUGCCACAGAAUUAUCUUGAAUUAAAAUCUGAUGAUGGUCGUCCAGCGGAGGAUAAUGAAACUUUGAGAAUCAUCGAAUCUUUUCUAGACAUACUUCAAUUAUUGGUAUGUAUAUUCUCAGCUCUAAGUCUUUGUGUGCUAAUUAUUGUGUAUUCAACUACGCGUGAAUUACGACGUCGUAUUUCCAAUCAACUAGUUAUGGGAUUGGCAACGUCUAUGCUAGGAUUGUUAUCAGUCUAUUUAACACUACCGCUGUUGAUUAAUCAAAAAAGCCGUUCAAAUCAGGGUAAUUGUCUUACAAUGGCAGUGUUAUUGCACUACUUUUUUAUUGGAACCUUCGCAUGGAUGUCAACGCUUGCUCUGAGUCUGAUGAAUACAUUUGGAGGAAUUCAGACGUGUCAUAUAUGCUUCAUUUAUCUCAAGCAAAGGCUAACACGAUCAGGAGAAAAUACAAAUUCUUUGAGUCAAAUGAAAGGUAUGAUGACUCGAACAGAUAUGCGAAAUCAAUCAAAGCCUAUUCAUCGGCGUACAUUAUUCUCGAUGUUAUUUGCAAUAGCUUUACCAUUGUGCUUUGUUGUGCCUGCAUUAGCUUUGAACGAAUUUUAUCGCUUCAAUCCAUGUCGUAUAGGCAUAGACGAAGAUCAUUAUCUUUAUUCUACAAUUCUGGACAGCGGUAAACAAAUAGCAAACUGUACAGAUACGCUGAAGCAGAUAGAAUACUUCAGUCCAGGUUUCUGUUCAAUAGAAUCUCAUAAACGACCAUGGUUUACAAAACAUGGGGUUUUAUUGUCUGGUUUUUGA